UUCUCUCCAAGUGCAAUGUGACGACUUUGACUUAUAAUAGUAAUCACAUAUCACUUAUCAUUUCAGUUGAUUUCUUCUUCUUGUUGUGCAAUUUCAGAUUCACUUAUCACUUUGAAGAAUUUUUCAUCAUCAAAUCCAUCCAUGUCUUGCUUCACUUCCUCCUCCAAAAUCCAACAGGAAAUUGAAUCCAGAUCAACCACUGGUCCAAACAAGAUGAGGUACAAUGUGUUCUUGAGUUUCUGCGCUCAAGACAUGGGUUAUUUUCUUUCACGUCUCCAUACGGCUCUUAGUUCACAAGCUGGAAUCGUUGUUUUUGAGGACAAGAGGUUUCAACAUGGAGAACAGGUAGAGUCAGCGCUGAAUGUAAUUCAAGACUGCAAAAUUGUUAUAGUAGUAUUUUCAAAAAAUUAUGCUAACUCGAGUUCGUGUAUACAAGAAUUGGAGAAAAUAACUAAGUGCUGCAGAGACUCAGAAUUGAUUGUCCUACCUGUGUUCUAUGCUGCUGUCAAUCCCACGUACGGAAGUUUAGAGGGAGGUAUGUUUGGAGGAGACACUUUUCAUGAUUUUCUCAACAGAAUAUCAAUGGAGGAAAUCUCUAAAGAAGAGGACAAGCUCAUGACCUGGGUAGCAGCGAUCACUAAAGCAAACAAUUAUUUAGGUUCAAGUGAUCUCAUACAUAAACCAAUAUAUAGGUACGAACAUAUAAAUAUUAAGGGUUACAUUAAGGAUAUAGUUGAACAUGUUUCUUGUGUUAUAAACAAGAAUAGAGUUUUUUCUGUGACUUCCUGUACACCCAGUGUAAAAUCUGGUGUGCAAGAUGUGAUUCAACUAUUGAAACGAUCAAAAAGUCCUAUCCUACUAGGGAUAUGGGGGAUGACAGGGAUUGGUAAAUCAACCAUUGCCAAAGCCAUUUAUGAUCAAAUUGGUCUUUAUUUUGAGCACAAGUGCUUCCUCGAAAACAUCGGGGGAAUUUGGGAACAAAGUAAUGAUCAUCAAGUUUCAUUACAAGAGAAAAUUCUUUUUUAUAUUGAUGGACCAGCUGAAAUAAAGGUAGCUCUAUCUACAAUUGAAUCAGGAACAGAGAUGUUAAAACAAAGCCUUCAACAUAAAAGGGUACUUCUUGUACUUGACAAUGUUGAUAAAUUGGAGCAGUUGAAUGCUUUAUGCAGAAGUCGGAAAUGGUUUGGAGCAGGUAGUAAAAUAAUCAUCACGACAACAGAUAGACAUCUACUCAAAGAGCAUGGAGUUGACCAUAUAUAUAGAGUGAAAGAACUAGACGAAAGUGAAUCGCUUGAGCUUUUGAAUCAAGGUGUGUUCGGCCAAGCAACAGCUCCUCAAGAAGAUUUUGGUGAACUUUCUAGACAAGUAGUUGCUUAUUCUGGGGGACUGCCUCUUGGUGUUAAAGAACUUGGGAAGUUUUUGCAUGGAAAAAAUGUACGUGAGUGGAAGAGUGUGUUGAAAAGUCUCCAAAGAUUUUCCAUUCCUGCUCUACAACUACUAGAAGCUCUAGAAAAGAGUUUUAGUGAUUUGAGUGAUGAAGAGAAACACAUAUUCCUUGAUAUAGCAUGUUUCUUUGACAACAUGAACCAAAAUGAUGUACUUCAAACAUUAAAUAGGUCAACACAAUCUGCAGCACUUCAAAUAAGGCGUCUUGAAGACAAGAGCUUUCUAACCAUUGAUGAGAAUAACAAGCUUGGAAUGCAUGUUCUGCUACAAGCCAUGGCAAGAGACAUCAUUAAGAAGGAAUCAAGAAAUAAGACAGAUAAGCCAAAGAUGUAUGAUGUGUUCUUGAGUUUCAGAGGGGAAGACAAUCGGGCAAAGUUUGUGUCACAUCUCUAUUCCUCCCUUCAAAAUGCAGGGAUUCAUGUUUUCAAAGACGAUGAUGAGAUUCAACGAGGAGAUCAUAUCUCAAUCUCACUGUUGCGAGCAAUUGGACAGUCUAGAAUUUCUAUUGUUGUGUUGUCUACAAAUUACGCCAAUUCAAGAUGGUGUAUGCUAGAGUUGGAGAAGAUAAUGGAAAUUGGCAGAAACAGGGGUCUGGUUGUUGUGCCAGUGUUCUACGAGGUAGCUCCCUCAGAAGUACGUCAUCAGGAAGGUCCAUUUGGGAAAGCUUUUGAUGAUCUUAUAUCUACAAUUUCCGUGGAUGAAUCCACAAAGACUAAUUGGAAAAGUGAACUCUUUGAUAUUGGUGGUAUAGCAGGGUUUGUUCUCAUAGAUUCCAGGAAUGAAAGUGCUGAUAUCAAGAAUAUUGUUGAACAUGUCACCGGUUUGCUUGGUAGGACAGAGUUAUUUGUUGCUGAACAUCCAGUGGGUUUAGAAUCUCGUGUGGAAGUUGCGACUAAGCUGCUAAACAUCAAAAACUCAGAAGAUGUAUUAAUUCUAGGGAUAUGGGGAAUGGGGGGUAUGGGAAAAACAACCCUUGCUAAAGCCAUUCAUAAUCAAAUUGGGAGCAAAUUUGAGGGAAGGAGCUUCCUUUUGAACAUUAGGGAAGUUUGGGACACAGAUACUAAUCAAGUUUCUCUACAGCAACAGAUACUUCAUGAUGUUUACAAAGCACUGACAUUCAAAAUACGUGAUAUAGAAUCAGGGAAAAAUAUAUUGAAGGAAAGACUUGCCCAGAAAAGGAUACUUCUUGUGCUUGAUGAUGUGAAUGAAUUGGACCAGCUAAAGGCAUUGUGUGGUAGCCGCAAAUGGUUUGGUCCGGGGAGUAGAAUAAUAAUCACAACAAGAAAUAUUCAUCUUCUUAGAUUGUAUGAAGUUUAUCAGGUGUAUACAAUAGAAGAAAUGGAUGAAAGUGAAUCUCUUAAGCUUUUCAGUUGGCAUGCAUUCAAGCAACCAAGUCCAAUAGAAUAUUUUGCUAAACAUUCAACAGAUGUGAUUGCUUACUCAGGGAGAUUGCCACUAGCACUUGAAGUACUUGGUUCCUAUUUGUCUGACUGUGAAAUAACAAAGUGGCAUAAAGUUUUGGAGAAACUAAAAUGUAUUCCUCAUGAUCAAGUACAAGAGAAACUAAAAGUAAGUUUCGAUGGUUUAAAAGAUUUUACUGAGAAACAAAUAUUUCUUGAUAUAGCUUGCUUCUUUAUUGGGAUGGAUCAAAAUGAUGCAAUUCAAAUAUUAAAUGGGUGUGGAUUUUUUGCUGAUAUUGGAAUUAAAGUUCUUGUUGAAAGAGCCCUUGUAACUGUUGACAAUAAUAACAAGCUUAGAAUGCAUGAUUUGUUAAGAGACAUGGGAAGACAAAUAAUUUAUGAGGAAGCACCAGCAGAUCCUGAGAAGCGCAGUAGGUUAUGGCGCCAUGGGGAAGUGUUUGAUAUAUUAGAAAAGUGUAAGGGAACAAAAUCUGUCAAGGGGCUAGCUUUGGAGUUUCCAAGAAAAGAUUGUCUGGAAACUAAAGCAUUUAAGAAGAUGAACAAACUCAGAUUGCUUCGCCUCGCUGGGGUGAAGCUUAAGGGAGAUUUUAAAUACCUUUCAAGAGAUCUUAAGUGGCUGUAUUGGCAUGGAUUUCAAGAAUCCUAUGCUCCAGCAGAAUUUCAGCAAGAAAGUCUUGUUGUCGUCGAAUUAAAAUACAGUAAGCUCAAACAAAUAUGGAACAAGAGCCAGAUACUACAGAAUCUAAAAAUUCUUAAUCUUAGUCAUUCCCUGGAUUUGACUGAAACCCCAGACUUUACAUACUUACCAAAUCUUGAAAAGCUAGUACUAAAAAAUUGUCCAAGUUUGUCUACGGUCUCCCAUAGCAUUGGAUCUCUACAUAAAAUUCUUCUCAUAAAUUUGACAGACUGCAUAGGUCUUCGGAAACUUCCAAGAAGCAUCUAUACAUUAAAAUCUCUAGAAACUUUGAUUCUUUCUGGAUGUACCAUGAUUGAAAAAUUGGAGGAGGACUUGGAACAGAUGGAAUCAUUGAUUACUUUGAUUGCAGAUAAGACUUCUAUCACAAAAGUGCCAUUUUCAAUAGUAAGAUUGAAAAAUAUUGGAUAUAUUUCUUUUUGUGGCUUUGAAGGAUUUUCACGCGACGUAUUCCCUUCUCUCAUUCGGUCUUGGAUAGCGCCAUCAAAUAAUGUUAUAUCCCUAAUUCAAACAUCUAUGUCCAUGUCAUCACUUGGUACUUCUAAGGACCUUCAAAAACUUCGAAUUCUUGGUGUGGAGUGUGAUUCAGAUCUACAACUAACUCAAGAUAUUGAAAGAUUUUUGGAUGUAUUAAGAGCCACAAGGGAUCCGAACUCGGAAGCAAGUGCAAGUUCAACUAGAUCAGAGACCUCUGAUUUGUAUGCUUCUCCCUUAAUUGAUGAUGGCCUUGGUCAAGUUUGCAUUUCAAAGUCAAAGAAUCAUUUGAAAUCUCUCAUAGUUCAAAUGGGAACAAAAUUCCAUGUCUCCAAUGUUUCUGAAGACAGUCUUUUACAGACUGUAGAUGGGACUUGGGAUUCAUUUUUGCUCCCUUGUGACUAUAAGUCUGAAUGGUUAACCUUCAAUUGCAAAGGUUGUUCGAUAAAAUUUGAUGUCCCAAAAAUGAAGAGUAACCUGAAGAGUAUGAUGUUAUCCGUUGUCUAUUACUCUUCCCCGGAAAUCAUAACAUCAGAAGGUUGCCAUGGUUUGUUAAUCAUAAACUACACAAAGAAAACCAUUCAAGCAUAUAAAAGAGAUACACUAACCUCCUUUGAUGAUGAAGAUUGGCAUACCAUAACAUCAAAUGUAGAACCUGGUAACAAAGUGGAGGUUAUGGUUGUUUUUGGGGAGGGAUUCAUUGUUGAGAAGACUACCCUAUCUUUACUGUAUGAUGAUCCAGUCAACAAAGAAAUGGAACGUUGUCAAGUAGUAGACGAGGAGGAUGUUAUUGUUUCUGACAAUGACGAUAUUAAAGUUUGUGUUUCCGGUGGUGAUAAUGAAUCCAUCAAUCGCUUUGGAGAGGGAAUGGUACACAUGCAGAUGACCAGGCCCACUGAUGGGUUGUAUGCUGAUGUGGGACUGGUUCUUCUAGUACCAGAUGACGACCUUGACCAGCCUGAGGAGGAAGUAGAAGAGGAAAUUCGUGCUGCUGAAGUAGAGGGUGAUCAGGAGCUGGAGGUUUCUCUACCUGAGAGUCAGCCCGAGCUGAAAGCAGCUGCAAGUGAGACCAUUGGACCGGCCCUAGGAGCUCAGAUUUUGGAUGCCCUCAAAGAGCUCAGGGAUGAUUUCGUCCGACUAGAGCAGACUGUUACUGCAGUAGAGGUCAAAUUAGAGGAGCUCGAGGAUGCCAUUGCCCAAAUACUGCGUCGAUCGAGUUCUAAGUCCAUUUCAAUCCUUAGGUUUCUUUCAACGUUGCUCUUCCUUUUGUUGUUUUGUUGGUUUGUUUUUCUAUAGUGACUAUGAUAUUAGUAUUGUACAUCCUAAGUCCUUUUAGUUGUACUUGAACCUUUUGAUUUAUGUUAUCAGUUAUAUUUUAUGUUA